GAGCAUCUUUGUAAAGAAUAGUUGUGGUAUGAAUUUGAAUGGUGUUAGUAGCUGUGUGUUGUUUUGAGAGUGAAAUUUGUGUGCUGUUUGUCAUUUACGGUCUUCAACAAUGCUCAAGUUUGGGACUCUUAUUAAGUACGGUCUCCUGGGCUCUGCCACAGUAGGAGCAGUUGCUUCAUGGAAGGCAAACCAGUAUGAUAUUAGUUCAAUUGGAAUAGUACGUUUCGGGAGGGCUGCGUCAACUGUGCUGAGAAUAGCUGCCCUGUACAAAAGGACAUUGUAUGCCACCGAACUUGACACUACUGGGAAGGAGUACGAGAUGCUGAGUUCAGAGGUGCACCGAAAAGCUGCAGAAAUGCUGCUUGAACUCUGUAAAGCGAAUCGUGGUGUCUACAUUAAAGUAGGGCAACAUAUUGGAGCUUUAGAUUACAUCGUCCCUCCUGAAUAUGUUGAAACCUUGAAGGUCUUGCAUAGUCGUGCUCCAUGUUCCGACUUGGGUGAAGUGAUGAAAGUACUGAAAGAGGAUUUGAAGAGAGAGCCUCUAGAUAUUUUCAAAAGUAUAGAAGAUGAACCGAUUGGCACUGCUUCGUUAGCCCAGGUGCACAAAGCAGUUUUAAGGGAUGGAAGUCGAGUUGCGGUCAAAGUCCAGCAUCCAAGUGUGUUGGGAAAUUCUGUUGUAGACAUAAGAACGAUGGAGCUUCUAGUCAAUUUCGUUUCAUGGGCGUUUCCAGAUUUCAAGUUUGAGUGGCUCGUAUCGGAAACAAAGAGAAAUCUACCACUGGAAUUAGACUUUGCAAAUGAGGGUAUAAAUGCCGAGAAAGUGGCAUCUAUGUUUAAUAAAUUGACUUGGUUGAAGAUUCCAAAGAUUCAUUGGCAGUUAACAACACGUAGAGUGCUGACAAUGGAAUAUGUAGAAGGGAAGCAAGUGAAUGAUACUAUAUACAUAAAGGACAGUAAAAUUGAUCCUUUCGAAGUGUCAGAUAAACUUUCAUACUUAUAUGCGCAGAUGAUAUUUGUUGAAGGUUUUGUUCAUAGUGACCCACAUCCUGGCAAUAUCUUUCUGACAAAAACUGGUAAGAAGCUGAGGAUAACAUUGCUGGAUCAUGGACUUUAUGCGACAUUGAGUCCUGAAUUCUGCCUAGAGUAUGCAAAACUAUGGCUUGCAAUACUAAAUGUAGACAUGAAAGGCAUAAAACAACAAUGUGAAGUCCUGGGUGUUAAGGACAUGUAUGGCCUAUGUGCUUGUAUGGUCACUGGAAGGACAUGGGAGUCAAUACAGAGUGGGCUGGAAAAGAAGAAUUACACAAAAAGUGAGAAGGAAAAGUUUCAAGAAGAAAUACCAAAAUGGUUGCCACAGAUAACAGAAGUACUUGGGAAAGUAAACCGUGAAAUGCUCCUAAUAUUCAAGAGCAAUGAUUUACUAAGAGGCAUUGAACACACUCUUGGAACGGAAUCAAGGCGUGGGUCGCUCUUUAUGAUGUGGAGGUGCUGUAUAAAUAGAGUUUAUACAGAUAAACUGAACAAAUGUUCAUCAAGAGUGAAAAAAUUGCAUAUUAAAUUAUGCAGACAGUGGCAGUUCUUCAAACUAAAUUUAUACUAUGGGUAUUUAAGGAUAUUAGCCGUGCCUUAUUUGUCCUCAGUAUUACGGUUAUUUGGCUCUUACUAAUGGCCAAAAGAAGGCUGCUAUCUGAGUGGUUGUGCAAAAAAAGCCAAAGAAUUUUUGUAUAAAGAUUUUAUAUAUGAAGCUACCUACAUAAACAUCAACAGUGACCUGAGAUAUUAAAUUAAGCCUUAACAAAAAUUAGAUUACUACUGUGCAAGAACAGUGAAAGCCAAUGUUCAAUAAUAUUAUAGUUAUAUGUUACUGACUUAACUAUUUUAUGACAAUAAAUGAAAACAGGCUCCUCCUCCUCCUAUUUUAAACACUUGCAUCCGUCAGCAGUCGAGACAGUGCCUUCUCCAGCGUGUGUUGUUAGGAUAGAACACGGGCAUUAUGUAUAUAUUUACAAGUAAAAUUGUGUUUUGUAAUUAAAGAAUUUAUUUUUGUAUGCAGAAAGAAGAAAGACAAUAAUUAAACACUGUUUCACCUA